AUGAUCCAGUCUUGUACUUACACAGUAGAGGUGAAGGUUUGUUGCAGUGGAACCAAAAUCGAUGGGGAUUCUACACUCAGUUGGCAGAUUAUUGAAGGUACCAGGACAAGUAUGAAGGAUUUGCUGGCGUCUAUUGCUGGAACCUUUUCUUUUGCUUUAUGCUCAGAGGAUAAUAUAUUUCUUGAGUAUGUUGACUGCACUAGUGGAAAAAAUAUCUCUGUGUCAAAUGAUGAAGAAUGCAUGAAAAUGUUUGAUUGUUUUGAUCAGAAUAGAAGUGGCCAUUUGAUCAUCAAAUAUUCUAAGAGAAGUGAUAAUGUUGAUGUUCCCUGUACUCCUUCGAACCAAACACCAUCUAUAGCACUACCUAGUCAACCAAGUAAUGUCAUGGAUGAAGCUAGUGUAUGCCCAACAGAUACAUAUCUUGACAAUCCCCAUGAAGAAUAUGAACAUGUUGGUGUAGAUGAGGAGGACCAAUACUCAAUUGGCAGUGUUGGCUCCGAUAGUGAUGAUGAGGUCGGAGAAAAAGAUAUACCAAAUGCUGAUUAUGUUGAGGAUAGCAGUGAUGAUGAGGAAUGGGUUGCGGAAGAUGCUAGACCGGAUGCCAUUCCAGAAAUUGCCUAUGACAAAGAAAACCCGCCAAUGCAUGUUGGCGCAAAGUACCCCAACAUUGAAGAGUUUAGGUUGGCAAUUGCUACAUAUGCUGUAAAGAAAGAGUUCGAAUUUAAGGUUGAAAAAAGUGAACCUACUCGAUUCAGGGCUUAUUGUCGUCGGGCGAAUAAGACAAGUUGUAAAUGGAGAAUUCAUGUUGGGAGGUUGGAUGACCGAGAAACUAUGGAGGUCAAAGUUCAUGUGCAGGAGCACACAUGUUCUAGCACAAAGAAGAAAAAGAAGCAGAAAAAUGCUUCAAAGGCAUGGGUAUGUGAGAAAGUCAUGGACUGGGUAAAAGAAGAUCCUAGUGUUCGGCCGAUGGAAUUACGCAGGAAGCUACAUGACAAGUACAAGAUCAAGGUCCAAUACACAAAAGUAUUCCGUGGCAAAGGGCUAGCAAUGGCUAAGUUGUUUGGUAAUUGGGAUGAUUCUUUUGACAAGCUAUAUGCUUGGAAAGCUGAGGUUGAGAAGAGGUCUCCUGGAAGUAUAGUUGCGAUUGACCACAUGGAGUACGAUCAAAAAAAAUAUUUCAUACGGAUGUUUGUUGGGCUGAAGCCUUUGUGCGAUGGAUUCUUGGCUGGUUGCAGACCUUACUUGGUGAUAGAUAGCACCCAUUUGACAUGCAAGUAUAGAGGCCAAUUAGCUACUGCUUGUGCUAUUGAUGGGCAUAAUUGGUUGUACCCUGUAGUCUAUGGAGUUAUUGACUCGAAAACUACUGAAAGUUGGGUUUGGUUUUUGGAGAAGCUUCGUGAUGCUAUUGGCUCUCCCCCCGGUCUAGCUAUAUAUUCAGAUGCAGGAAAAGGGAUUGACACUGCAAUCGAACAUGUAUUUGGGUAUGCAGAACAUAGAGAAUGCAUGCGACACUUGGUUGUGAACUUCAAGAAAAAAAUUCAUGGUAAAGUUUUUGAUGAUCAUUUGUGGCCAGCUGCUUAUUCAUGGACUCCUCGAGGGUUUGACUAUCACAUGGCAGCCAUAGAGGAGAAAAAGGCUGCCGCAAUAGCAUACUUAAACAAGUACCACACCAGGCUAUGGUCAAGGAGCAAAUAUUCAACCUCCUCAAAAGUGGAUUAUGUGACAAAUAAUUUGGCCGAGUGUUUCAAUAACUGGAUCCGCAAGCACAAAGGUUUAAUGUUGUUUCAGCUCAUGGACAAGAUCAGGAGAAAGAUUAUAGUGAAGUUUGAGAAGAGGAGAAGGGUAGCUAGAAAAUUUCAAGGUCGGCGUAUACUUCCAAGUGUCAUGAAGGAGUUGAAUGACAUAAGCAGGGGGCUGGACAUUGAAUAUGAGAGAAUAGAUGACAUGAUUGCAGAGGUGAGUGAGAGUGUUGCGCUAGGUGGCAAGCGCCAUGUCACUGAUCUAGCAAAUAGGACAUGCACAUGCAGGGCAUUUCAAGUCUCCAGGAAGCCUUGCAAACAUGCAAUUAGCUUUAUUACUGGAAUUAGGGGGGUCACAAUAGAAGACUUCGUUGAUGAUUGUUACAGCGUUGCCAAGUUCGCUGCUGCUUAUGCUCCUAUUCUUCCUGGCCUAACCGACAUGUCUCAAUGGCCAAGUGUGAACAAAGAAUUCUUCUUGAACCCCCCAAUCCUUAGGAGGGCCCCUGGGAGACCAAAGGUACAGAGGCACAAAAGUGGUGCCGAGAAUAGCAAGGGGAAGGGAAAGAAAGGCCAACACCAAUGUCCAAUUUGCAAAGCUUAUGGACAUAGAUGGCAAAGCUGCAAAGGUGCUGCUCCUGAAGCACUAGAAGCCUAUGCAGAGGUAGCAAAGCAAAAAAGGGACAAAAGAAAGAAAAAACUCAUUACAAAAGCUAUUUGUACAACAUCAGAUCAAGCAACCAAUGGUACACUACCUCUACUUCCGUGUCCAAGUGAAAAUGAAACUACACUGGCUCUACUUUCAUGUCCAAGUGAUGCAAUUCAAGACGAUGUUGCCAAGUCUACAUCAUCGAAGACUACCUCGAAAUCUAGAAGAUCAAAGGUCAUAUCUGCUGCGCCUGACAGCCCUGCAAUGGGAACUCGAAGCAAGAAGAGAGUUGCGCCUAACAGCCAAGCAAUGGCCAGUCGAAGCAAAAAAAGUUGA